CCAGGCCAAGAAAAAAAAACAGUUUAGUCAGUGACAGUCACAGUCAGUGUCACUGUCAAAUUUACAUUGUAUAGAAAGGGUGCAUACAUUUACUUUGUAUUUAUAAUAUUAUCCAGUUUUUCUGGUUCCAAACGAAAUUAUUUUAUGUUAUAAACACAUAUCAAUCUAGAUUAUUUGUUCGUACUAUUAAUAUUGCUCUUUCAGGUGUGUAGCUAGUUCAAGCGGACUAUCAGUGUUGUAUAGUUACAAGAUUUCAGAAGUGUACAUUCCAGACAUUUAAUGGUGUAGUGAGCGUACUGUUUGUGAUUCAUAAGUACAAUAAGUAUCCAGGAUGCAUCUUGGUGUAAAUUUGUCCAAUGCUCUUCAGCAACUGGAAAGUGUGAAAGCUGCUGUCGAUCAAAGUGAUGACCCGAAACUGAAGGCUGCUACCAAUGAUGACCUGAACAUGUUGAUUAGCUUGCUAGAGAGCCCAAUCCUGAAGAGCAUAGCUACUCUUCAAGAUUCUGUUGGCAUGCUGGCUACGCAAGUGGCUCACCAUCCCUCAAUUCUGCCCGGUGACUUUGACAUUACUCCUGCAGGUGAACUAGCUCUCCAAGCUCGGAACUUGUACGGCGCGGAGGGCGAGGAAGAGCAGCGGGUCCCGCAGGUGUCUCCGCCGCACUGCCUCGACUUCGGCUCGAGCUCGGACAAUGAACGAGUGCUGGGGCUGGACUCUGCUUCUAUUGACUCUAACAUGUCUCCUAAACAGAGUCACGGCAUCCUCGAAAUGUCCAGAAAUGACGAUUCCCUGGCGUCUGCCUCUCCUAACAUAGUUGCGGGCGACUGGGCCCAGGUGGAGGUGAUAAACCUCGUCAAUGAUGGCACUGGCCUUGGAUUUGGUAUAAUUGGGGCAAGGACCAGUGGUGUAAUUGUCAAGACCAUCCUGGCAGGUGGAGUCGCUGACCGCGACGGGCGACUCAAGUCUGGAGAUCAUAUCCUACAAAUAGGAGAUGCGCAUUUAGUGGAAAUGGGUUCCGAGCAAGUAGCAGGCGUGCUCCGCGCGUCUGGCUCUCGCGUCCGUCUGGUAGUCGCCCGCGCCGUGGACCCAGCCCUAGCCCCGCCCGCCGCCGCACCGCUCGUCCCCGCCAGACUCCUGUCCGAUCCGGAGGCUUUGGACAGAUAUCUGUUGGAAACCGGUUUCGAGCAGGUGUUCCAUACGCAACCGGUGCAUCACCCGCCGGCGUCUCGGUUCGUGUUCGAUAGCGCGGUCACACCGCCCCCAGAAACAGAUGCUGAAUCACCAGAGGUUGACAGAUUUACGGUGCAGUUGAAGAAAGAUGAGAACGGUCUAGGAAUAACCAUAGCAGGUUACGUGUGUGAAAAAGAGGAGUUAUCGGGUAUCUUCGUGAAAUCGGUUUCGGCCGGAAGCGCGGCGGCGUUGAGCGGUCGGGUGCGAGUCAACGAUCGCAUCGUGGCUGUAGAUGGCGCGUCGCUGGCCGGGAAAUCUAAUCAACGAGCUGUGGAUGCGCUCAAACAGAGCGGGAACCUGGUUACCCUUGAGUUGGAGAGAUACCUCCGCGGUCCGAAAUACGAGCAGCUGCAGCAAGCGAUAGCGGCGGGCGAGAGCGCCGGCGCCGCCGCCGUCGCGCACAACCCGUUCCUGCACAUGCACCGCCCGGAGCCGGCCCACCACGACAUACAGAUGACCACUUUGCACAACCUAGAAUCCAACGUUGAAGAUCCCGUGCCGUCUCCGCCUCGCAGUCCGCCAGGAGCUCGCGUGCAGCCCGCGUUUGAGAUGCCGCGCACCGCUGAACAGAAGGAGGCUAUUAGGAGGAAGUGGCAGUCCAUAUUAGGCGAAGACGUGGAAAUCGUUGUAGGCGUAGUGAUGCGCGGCGGCGGCGGCCUCGGCAUCUCGCUAGAAGGCACCGUGGACGUGGAGGGCGGCCGCGAGGUGCGCCCGCACCACUACGUGCGCUCCGUGCUGCCCGAGGGGCCCGUGGGCCGCGCCGGGGUACACAGGCCUGGCGACGAACUGCUAGAGGUGAACGGUCACCGGCUUCUGGGCAUGAACCACCUGGAGGUGGUGUCCAUCCUGAAGGAGCUGUCGAGCGAGGUGUGCAUGGUGUGCGCGCGCCCGCGCCCCGCGCCCGCGCCCGCGCCGCCACUGGACCUGGCGCCGCCCGCUCCUACACUCGUCAAGGCUAAAUCGGACGGGAGCCUAGCAGGCGCGGGUGCCGAGGAAGGCGGUUCGCUGUCGGGCGGCAAAGUGCGCUCGCGUAGUCUCGAGCCGCUCACCGGGCUCGCUAUGUGGUCUUCCGAGCCGCAAAUUAUAGAACUUCUGAAAGGCGAGCGCGGUCUCGGCUUCUCAAUCCUGGACUACCAGGACCCACUGCGUCCCGCGCACACACUUGUGGUGAUCCGCUCUCUUGUACCCGGCGGUGUGGCCCAACAAGAUGGUCGGCUUAUUCCCGGUGACCGGCUGUUGUUCGUGAACGAUCAGAACCUGGAGGACGCGAGCCUGGAGGUGGCGGUGGCGGCGCUGAAGGGCGCGCCGCGCGGCGUGGUGCGCAUCGGCGUGGCCAAGCCGCUGCCGCUUGUCGACGCGCCGCCGCCGUUACCCGCCUCCGCGCCGCCCAAGCACGACUAGUGGCGCGACAGAGCCAGACUGCAUUCCGAUCGCCACGUACCGUCAACGAUUGUCACUUCGGAUAGGCCGGCUGGAGAGGCCUUUAGGUGUUUGCUAACAACCGACAACGGUAUCGGUUUUUUUACAAAUGUUCGGCAAACAGACUUAUUUACCAAGCGUUGGGAUGCCGCGUUUGUGUUUGAUGGUAUUUAGAAUUUAUGUUUAGUAUUUGCCGCAAACACCAAGCGUCACUGCCGCUGAAGACACGACAGAUGACCAAACAGCUAGUACCCUAUAUCGCUCAAUUUCUAUACCAAACGUGAACCAGCACUGGAUUAUAAUAAUUCCAGUAAACAUUCCAAUCUUUUGUUUCCAGCUUUAUCAUUCCACUGGAAUCCAGUGCUGGAUUAAUCUUUAAGUAUUUAGUCUGCUUGAGGUCAAAGUAGCAACAGACUUUAAUUAAUAAUGUUGGUAUAUUUAAUAUUAUUUUGUGUAAACCAUGACUUUUAUCAAAUCAAAUAUCUUGUUUGUUGUAAAAUGAAAAAAAAGACUAUUAAAAUUAUACUCCUUCCGUUAGUAACCGGUGUAAAUAUGUAAUCAAAUUUAAACGAAUUUAAAAUGCUAUGGAAUUGAGGAAGGCCUCUCAUGACGUCAUAUUUCGUUUUUAAAUUUCAACUUAAUUAAAUAAUCAAUGCAUUGACUUAUAAAAGGAAUUUAUAAUAUUGUUGUUAGUGGAAUUGACGCAUUAAGUAGAUAAAUAAUUAUUAAGUAAUGGAAUAUUUACACAUUCCAAUAUCAUUAUUAACUUUUUCUUGUGACCUGUUAAUAAAUAGACUUGCGAGUACUUAAUUAAUUAGAUGAUGUAUUAUAAAGUAAUUUUUAGUCAAUUACGGGCAUUUUCGCGAAAGAAGAUUCAAAAGAUUUUUUUUUUAAUAGGUAAAUUAACGUUUUUCGUACUCAGAAUUUCGAUUUUCAUCCUACUAGGCGGAAAAAGCGUCCUAAAUUUAUUUUUUCCUUCGUUACCAUUUUUCAAACACUUUGUACAGCGGUUACAAAGUGGAAAGUAUUCAAAAUAGUAGGCUCGUGAUUCUGAGUAGGAAAAACAUAAAAUUUACCUUACCGAAAAUGCCCUUACCUUAGUUAAAUACCUAGCCCUCCUUUGUGUUACAUAGUUGAUAAUUAUACUUAUCCAAGUAUUCCAUUUAUGUUUUUGUAAGCAGUAUUAUAAUUAUCUAAUAAUAUUUUAAAUCAUAUUAAAUUGUAUAUCUGUUUUUGACUUAUAUUUCUAGACUGUAUUCAAAUAGUUAUCAUUAUUAUAUUAAAUUUUAAGCAAAGUUA